AUGCAGAAGCCCUUUUCGCUGGAAGGCAACCCCCUGCUGCAACUGGUGCAGCUGGCUCAGCUGGCGGCCAGCCUGCCGGCCGCCAACCACCCUGCGGCGGCCGCUCAGUACUUUGGUGGGCCCGCCACCGUCUUUGCGCCCCCGCUGGCGCUGCCGAGCCACCCGCCCCAGGCGGCGGCCGCCGCGCCCACCCCGCCGCCACCCAUCACAGCCACGUCGGGCACCAGCAGCGACCGCCUGCCCUGUCAGCGGCAUGCAGACGCCACCGCUGAUCUAGGACCGGGGCCCAGCAGCAGCGUUGCGGGGCUCAAGCUGCCCGUCACCUGCAACGACAUCCGAGGCGUGGUGUACCUGGACCAGCAGGUGGUGGCCUGCUACUGCCCCUCCUGCGAGCAGCGCGUGGCCGCCGGCCACGGUCGCCCGCUCUUCUCCUUCACCCGCUUUGAGCGCCACUCUGGGUCCAAAGCCAAGAAGUGGCGCCUGUCCAUCCGCAUCGACCCAGGCGCGGUCAAGGAGGCGCCGCCAGACGAGCCGCCGCUGGCGCUGGGGGCGUGGCUGGAGGGCAAGGGGCUGGUGUCGUGGGCGCCGCGCGGUGGUCUCAAGAUUGGCCCCAGCGCCAUGGGCGGCGGCAGCUCAGACGACGAGGGAUCACCGCUGUACGGCGACGACAGCGGCAGCGCGCGGCGCCAGCUGGCAUCCGCGGCGGCCGACCGGCGGCAGGGCCCAAUCGGCCCCCGGGCCGCGGCCCAUGCGGCGGCGCCGGCGGCGCAGGGCGGGCACGGCCAGGCGCUGGCGGGGCAGAAGCGCGCUCGGCACGACUAUGAGACGCCCGACCUGCCCGGCCACGCCGACCGGCAGCAGUGGCUGGAGGCGCAGCGGGAGGCGCUCGAGGCGGUGGCGACGGCGGUGGCGGCGGCGGCGCCGGCUGGCGGCGGCGGCGGCCCAGGCGGCGGCGGCCCAGGCGGCGACGAGGCCGCCAGCGAUGGCGACAGCGGGCGGCAGCGGCGCGGCAGCGGCGGCGCGGCCGCGCAGGCCCCCGCAGCCAGCAGCACCAUCGCCAAGCAUGCCGCCAUCUUCUCGCUUGUGUACGGCCUGCUGGAGGAGGGCGACGACCGCAGGGCCUUCAACGAGGUGUAUCUCCCCUUCUUGGCCGACCUGCCCCCGCACCGCCUGGACUCGGAGUUUGCCACCCUGCUGUCCUACCUCCGCCUGCUCGGCGGCGGCAUGGGGUGGGAGGCGGUGCGCGGGCAGAUGAGCGCGUACGUGCGCGCCGUCGUGGCAAAGGCUGCCGCCGCGGCUGGUUGA